CAAAAAUCAUUCCAUCAGUAUCUUCGACAGUAUUACUGAUCCAUCCAUCGAACCCAGUCCCGUUCGUGAUGUCUUCAGGCAGCUCCAAUAACCGUCAGGACCUGAUCCAAAAUGCCAUCCUUUUCCUGAACGAUCCCAAAGUCCAAUCAUCUACCCUCGCCUCCAAGAUCACCUUUCUCGAAACGAAGGGAUUGAACGAAUCAGAAAUCCAAGAAGCCCUCGCCAGGGCUCCUAGCGAGGAGAGCAGCGGGCAGAAUGGAGCAUCUUCUUCGUCAGCGUCGACUUUCAGGCCUUAUGGAUAUACGAAUCACAAUCAGCGGUACGGUGGUCCACCGUAUGAGUACAGCACGAUGCCUCUUCCUCCCCGGCGCGACUGGAGGGAUAUAUUCAUCGUGGCUGUGAUAUCGGGUGGGUUUGCGUAUGGCCUGACGGCUCUAGCAAGGAAAUACCUCUUACCGCAUCUUCAACCACCAUCAACAACGUCCUUCCAGCAGACAUCUCAGGAUCUCACGUCUUCCUACGAUGAAGCUGCUCAAUUGUUACGCGAGUUGUCAGAUCAAACAAACCAAUUGCAAACUUCGCUAGAGAAUGACAGGGAGAGGAUAGACAAGGUCGUCGAUGACGUAGAAUUGGCAGUGAAGAGCGUUAAGGAUGGUGAAGAGCGCUGGAGAGAAGAAAUGAGGGAUAUGAGAGGUGAAGUGGAUAGUUUAAAGGAUUUGGUGCCCAGGGGCAAGCCCUGGUUCAUCCACAACACUCAUACCGUGGCUUCGCCUCUGCUUUCCUUGCUGACCCAGUCUCAGGUGAUGGAGAAGCACGCGUCGAACCAAUCUUCAGCACUGUCAGAAUUGCAGAACGAACUUCGAUCCCUCAAGACCUUACUACAAUCGCGUCAAUUGCAGUCGAGCACCGAUGCAAAUGGCGGGAUAUCAAGUCCAAAUGGGACUAGCAACGGCUCACCGAUAUCCUCCACUCGAGCAGCUGCCAAUGCCCUCCUGGGACCCAGCAAGAGAGGAAUACCCGCCUGGCAGCUGGCUUCGUCCUCGUCCACGACGAAUGGAGAUCGGACCCAAGAGGGCAGUGCGGGAUCAGCGAGUGAAUCUUCCUCGUUGGCUGCCAGUGGUGUCUUGGACAGGUCGGAGGUCAAUGGAGAAUCCAAGGAGACGCAGUGACCUAGCCAGUCGGACGAUGAGAGCGGCGAAGGUUCAAGCAAGUCUUUAACGUUAAAUCGUAAAUGCACGCAAUGCAGGUGGGAUACAGAUA